GUGUGCGCACGGCUGUGUGCGUGAAAAUGUGUUUAGAAAAUAUUCUGUUUUCCGUAGCGCUUAAAUGGGACUCUUCUGCUCAUUACACACAUUUUCACGCACACAGCCGUCUUCGCUGCAGAGGCCAUCUCGGUCAAAUAAGCGAUGACAGAAAUGGGAUGUCGACUACUACAUUCUAUUGUGGCGGCACUUCCUUUCGGGUAGCGUAGCGAGAGGAUCACCCUGUAAGACUGUCCCACUUGAAAUUUCUAAGAAACUAAUUUAUUGCGGGCCAUAUCUAAUUCAUUACUCUUAACGAAAAUCAUGUUGGUUCUUGAAACUGUCGAAGUCUCUUCGAUAUCCUGUUUAUUUACAGAGGGUUGCCUCGGCUCGCUAGUGCGAGACCUUUUAUUUUCCGUUUUCUCUGGAUCCCACGCUUUCUCUUAGCACGCGUGCUCAGAAUCGUUCUCGAGUCUUGGCGGAGCACCACCAUUUCCACUCGCUCAAGGGUGGACCGAAGCCAGGGAGAGGAACCGCCUCCGGACAGAGAUGGGCUCCUCCAUCAUUGGAUCCUGAGGGAGGAUUCAGGAUCCAGCGAGGAGGGGAUGACAGCCAACAUCGAUCGAAGAUCUUCACCGCCAAGCUCUGACCGAUUCAAAGCUUCAACCCGUCUUGAUACAUUUUUUUGGAAAGAUAAAGUCUAAAGAAUAAAGUAAUACAAACUUCAUUUUCUUAAAACGCGCCGUGAGCAGAGCGCUUCAGCGCUCCAUAGGCACCUUACUCACGUCCCAAAAUCCCUAUAAUCUGGAACGGCGCACGCAACAGUAUCGCACGCAAUCGUUGCAGAAAGCUACCAUCUGGUAAUGUGUAGUUCAUGUAAUUUGGUGGUAUUUUUAAAGAGACAAAUUCUCGGCGAUGUGUAUACGUGUAUUAUAUGAUAUAUUUGAAUUCAAGAACAGUAGAUUUUAAUUGAAAAAAACGUAUACUCCAACUAUAAGGAUUAUUGAUAAUCAGAUGUUUUUGACUGUAGCUUUAUAUUCUAUUGAAGUAAUCAUGAGAAAUUUUUUGUAAAACCAUGGAGAAAAUAGUGUAAUAAACGUGAACUAAAUGAAAUAUUUCAUCCUGUCAAGAGACCAAUUUACAUUUACCAUGAAUUCUAUAAGCACCUUUGUUUUAAUGCUUAUUGUAUUACUUAAUAUCAAAGAUGGAUUAAUGAUAUCGCAACACCCAAAAUUGUUGGUAAUAUCGUAUGAUGCAUUCAGAUAUGAUUAUUUUAAUAGAAACUUGACACCAUUUAUGAAUAAACUGAAACACGAAGGCACACACACAGAUUACAUGAUGAAUAUUUUUGUCAGUAAAACAUUUCCUAAUCACCAUACAAUGGCGACAGGAUUGUAUGCAGAAACACACGGAGUUGUAGAUAAUGAAUAUUAUGAUCCAAUUUCAGGAAAUACCACAAAGCAUUCGUAUAAUCUAUAUCAUUAUAAUAACAAAGUCCUUCCUAUUUGGACUGCUAAUCAAAAACAUGGUGCUCAAAGAAGAAGCGGUAUAAUGAUGUGGCCUGGCGGUAUUUAUGAAUAUCAGGGAAUUACUCCAACAUUUGCGCAGAAUUUUAACGAAACCAUAUCCUGGGAAGAACGAAUAGACACUUUAGUAUCAUGGUUUGUUCAUCCUAUACAUCCAAUCAAUUUUGGAAUAUUAUACAUCGAAGAACCAGAUUACCAUGGCCACAUUGUUGGAAUAAAUGGCCCUGAAUUUGAUAACAUUCUUAGGAAAUUAGACAAUCUAACAAAGUAUUUGCAUGAUAAGAUAGAGUAUCAUGGUCUGCAUGAUCUUAAUAUUGUUCAUUUAAGUGAUCAUGGAAUGGCACCUGUCAAGAUAGACAGAAUAAUAGACUUGACAAAAUAUAUUAAUAGUUCUGAUUAUAAAUUUGUUGGUACUUCACCAGGUUUACAUAUUUUCCCUAAUCCUGGCAAGGAGGAUAUAAUUUAUCAGUCAUUAAAACAAGCUGCCACGAAAACAAUGACGUUCAGGGUUUAUAAAAGAGAAGAAAUUCCUAAAAAGUAUCAUUAUGGAAACAAUACACGCGUUGGUUCUAUAUUUGUUAUUGCUGAAGUUGGAUAUGCAUUUCAAAAUCUUCUUGACACUAUAGAAUGUUACAAGAAGAAAUUUAAUAUAACAGUAAACGGUGACUCAGAAUUCGGCCUCCAUGGUUAUGAUAAUGAAGCAGUAGAAAUGCACCCCUUCUUUUUUGCAAAAGGUCCUGCGUUUAUGCCAAAAUGCAAAUUGGAACCUUUUAACAAUUUAGAUUUAUUCCCCUUAUUUUGUAAGAUACUUGAUUUAGAAUGUCCUACGGUAAACGGUACUUUAUCACAUCUAACUAAGUGCCUUAAGAAACAUCAUCAAGAUAUUACAAUUAUUGCUUACCGAAUGAUAUUUGUAGCUACGACUAUUUCUAUGACAAUGGUCGGAAUUAUAGGAGCACUCGUAAUGUUUUACAUCAGGAAAAGACGAUUAGGAGUGAAAAGUUACAGAAGAAUACUGGAAGAUUUGGAAGCACAGUACCAUUUGGAUAAAAGUCGCAAUAUUGAAAAUGUUACUUGCAAAUUAAACCAUUUUCCAGAUUUAUUUAUAAUUUCAUCCCAUGCGAAGAGUAGACAUUCAUAUGCAAAUAAGGGAAGCAUUAAAUAUAGGAAAUCUCUUUUUCAUUAUAGGUGACAUAUGCUUCAUAUGUUGCACCAUUAAACAUAUAAAUGAGAAAAUACUUCUGUGAUAAAACGAACAAUUUGAUAUUUCCUGACCACUCAAAAUAGUGUACAUAUACUCGAGAACAAUCAUUGUUAAUUUGGUAUACUAGAUACAAAGAUAUUCAUGAGUUUACAUGAAAUAUUACACGAACUUUUCAUUUUCUUGAAUUCUUUAACAAGAUAUUCUCUGCAAUAAACGUAUAGAAUAGGAAGCUUACAAAGUACGAAUUAAUUUUUGCAUUUGUACUAUUGCUAUUUAUUCCUUUCGCUUAUGGGAGAUUAUAAUAGCUAACUAUAAGACUAUUCACCAUGUACGCUUAUGGCAUGGUGUCUCAUUUAUGUUCUGGCUACUGGUGACCAGUUCCACGGUUAAUAAAUGGUUAAAGAACAACGUAAUUAACAUGCACAGUAUUACUAUAGGAACUAGAUUGUAACAUAAUUUAUCUUAACUGACAGAGUAUUGUAUGAAUAAUUGAAUUUCUUAGAACAAGUGAACUUGAUCAUACACCAAUUGUGUAACAAUUCACAUAAACAUAUGUAAAUAUAUCAGAUAUGUAAAUACAUACUAUUAUAGAAAACCUGUAUCGUUUCUUUACUUUCUAACAAAAUGUUACAUAUUUGAGAAUUUUCUAGUUCAAAUGACAGAAAGUAGAAAGUCUCAAUGUAUCAUAAUGUAAAACAUAGAUGCCAUGCAUCUAGAAGUUAUUGAUUAAAAAACAAGUCAGACCAAACAAGUUAUGUCAUUAUUGAGUGAUAGUAUCUUCUCUAACACAUAUAAACAAACGACUAACAGUCGCAACGUCAUUGAAUUGAUAGUGUCCAGACAUUGCAUAGGAAACAUUACCCUUUCAUACCGUAAUUGCGUGGUUCAGCUGUUUGAAUUGAAAUGUCAAAGAGAAGAAUUCUGAGGGCCAAGGUGAUACAGGUGUCAGUAAUUAUGAAAUUAUUGAACAAAGAAAUUUUAUAGGCAGGAACGAGCGGAGGGUAACGAAAUAUCAAUAUUCCGAUAACGUUUUUAUGCGCUUUUGAUGUAGAAGAUUCGUCGCGCGUGCGCAACUAUCGCUCUUGGAAUUGUAAAAUGUUUAAAAAGCAAGCAUCGUUGAUCAGAGCUACUCAGUCUGUCGUGGAUCGCGCCAGAAAAACGGUCGCGGCAAUCGCUGUGAAUUCAAAGUAUUGUGUCGAAUAGUUACCUAAUUCUUACUACUAUCAUACAAUUAG